UUUACUUUUUGCGAGUAAAUGGACUUAUAUUUAUGAUGUGGUUUAUAUAAUAUGAACAAAUUGCAAUUACAGCUAUUUUGGCUCAUUUCAUUUUUGAAUAAAUAUUAGCCAAGGGAGCUACUUUAUGUUCCAUUCGUGCGUGCUAUCUCUAAACCAAAAAAGAAGAAGGGAAACUAGGAAGUAUGUAUAUGUAUCACAUUCUUGCAGGCAUGAAGCUCCACUCGCAAAGCUUUUGCAUGUUAGAACAAAAGAGUUGCUCAGGGUUCCCAGCUGUCCCAAAAUAGUUGAGAAAGAACUGUCCUAACGUUAGGGGCAGCGGUUGCUCGCGAGAGGUGCCUCCGUGACACCCGGUCACCGCGCCACCGCGGAGGCCGCGCGCAGCCGCACGCCUCCCCGCACCGGCGGCGACCACCCAACAGCAACGCCCUUGCCCGAAUCCGCCGGCUCGGCGCCGCUCCAUUGCCGCCUAUUAGAGCACCGCGGGCGGGCAGCUCCUCGAUCUGCCUCGCUGAAGAAAGAAACUCCACAAGGAUCUCCGUCCUCGCCGAAAGAAACUCCACAACAAGGAUCUCUGCAUCGAUCGCCAUGGCGUCCACGCGCGUGUGGCUCCUCGCGGCGGCGCUCGCGGCGGCGUGCGCUCUGCUCGCCUGCAGGCCCGCCGGCGCCGAGGAGGGACUCCCGCCCGCCAUCGGCGGCACCGUGUUCGGGUGCAACCCGGCCGUGGACAAGACGUGCAAGCCCGACGGCCCGACGCUGCUGCCGGGCGGAGGCGUGGACCUCGACGGUGACGGCGACGAGGACGAGCUGCCCAUGUUCGACCCCCACCUCACCAUCCUCGGCCACGCCCACUGAGUGUUGCUCUUAGUACUAGCUGCAUUGGCUGGUCGUGUCAGUGUGUUGAGUGUGUCUUCCAUCAUCUAAUUGACGUUCUGAUCUGGACAUGUUGCAUUUGCGUUGUGUUGUGAUCUGUUUGUUAAUUUGGGGUAAAAGGUAUGGAAUGUUUCAACUUUGAA